UGCAUGUGGUACUAAACUAUACCAGACCCUAAUUCUUUUUUUUAUUUUCUCAUUGCUAUUUGCUAACAAUGAUUUUUUAUAAGUUCGCUUCAAAGUCUCGAUUUUAUAAAAAAAAUGCUAUUAUGUAGCAAACUAGCCAUGUUGAUUCAUCUGGUAACACACACACUUGACCUAUGUCAUAAAUUUGACAUAUUUAAUCCGGAUAUAAGGUUUUGCAGAAUAUUAUACAUUGCCUCUAAAUUGACAUGAUGUAAUUUAUCAUGCUUUCGCAUUUUUCUCCUUAUUUCUGUAACUAAUAUGCUGAAUUUCUUUUUUUAAAUUAUCUAUCAUCUUCAAUAUAAAGCAAUUCUAUAAAAUUCAAUAAAAAUUAACUAGUUGAACAAAUUUUGCAAGAGUUCGCUGCCUCAAAGUUUACUUUAUACCAAAAAAAAAUGGGUAAAACAUUAUCACACCAAAUGCGCUGUACUGGGAUUCAAUUUUGAUACCAAAUCAUUCACUAGGAUUAGAAUCUUCAUAUAUUAUUCUGAAUUCUGACCAUAAGUUUAUAGAUUUUUACUACAGUGUUUUCCCGAGAAUAAGACUGGUUUUUUUUUAAAUUUUUUUCCGAAAAAUAACACUAGGGCUUAUUUUUGGAGGAUGUCUUAUAUUUUCAUUCAUCAGAAACAAAAUUACAAAGUAGAGAAUUGCCAGAUUUUCAAAUAUAUACAAAAUAUGAAAACCAAUAUCUAUUUCCUAAUAAAUAACACGUUUUUAUUCAAAAUGUGAGUAGGUAGGUCAGAUCUGAUUAUAGAGAUCCACUUUAUAUAUUAUUAUUCUACUAAUUUGAAUAUUUUUUUAUUUAACAAUGCAGAUUGACUAUUAAUAAAUAUGUCUAGUGUGUUUGUGCCUCAACAUGUUCGUGGAAGCAAAGGUCCUGUUACACAAGAAACUAUACAAAAACUUCUGGAUGAAAAUAGUCAUUUAAUUCAAUGCAUUGUUGAUAAUCAAAACAGCGGGAAUAGACGAGAAUGUGCACAGUAUCAGCAAAUUCUACAUCGCAAUCUAGUAUGGUUGGCUACUGUCGCUGACUCUAAUCAAAGCAAUGCUCAAAACUUGCUAAAUCAAACUUCACCCAAACAGGGUAUCGGUGGAAUGCCAAUGCCACAAUCGACCAAACUUAUGAAAUCUGAGGCAUCAAGUUUACUAUCUUCUAGUGUGCCAGCACCCGAGACUUCAGCAAUAGUAACCCUGCCGAAUCAAACUGUCCCAAAAGCAGCAACACCCAAACUGACUGCUGCUAAUCCUUCUACGGCAUCGCCAGCAUAUGCUUCACCUCACAGAUCGUCACCACAAACGAAGACUCCAUACAGCCAGCCACAGCAAGGUACUUUUCCAGCGCAAUAUCGCAGAUCACCAAACUCUGCUGGAAGCAGAACUCCUAUGAGAAGUCCAAGUGACCCAAGUCAGCCUCACACACCCGUCCCACCAGCCCAGCGACAAUCACCACUAGCUACGACUUCGAUGCCCCCUCAGUAUCCACCACAACAACAGCCAAUGCAGAGUAAUAUGCCAGUGCCGAACCAGGCCACACCUUCUUUUUCACACCCACCUCCUGCAUCUUAUCCACAGUCCCAGGCUUCAUACAAUCAGCAGCAGCUUGCACCUGCGUCGUACCCUCAGCCUCCACCAGCUUCAUCUUACUCCCAGCAACAACAAAUUCACUAUCAGCAGCCUCCUCCCCCCUCAUCAUACAGUCAAGCACAAGUCUAUCCACAGCAGCCACAAGCAGGUCCUUAUAAUCAUCAGCCGUCAGGAUAUGGCCCACCACCCUCUAGUGGCUACCCGCCAAAUCAGAGUGCACCUCACCCAGGGCAGUCAUCUGCAAACUAUCCGCAACAAGGACCCCAACCCCACCAAUAUCCAACUUCUACACACCAAGGAAUGAUGCAGCAACAAGGCCAGCCCCUUCCUUAUUAUGGGAGACCUGGCCCACCACAGAGCUCAGCCGGCUACCCAGGAUACCCUGUGCCACCAGCCGGGCAACAAAUGCCUCCACCUAGUCAGCAGUACACACAACAACAACCCCGUCAGCAGUCUCCAAACUACUCUGCUCAGUAUGCAACGCCACCAUCUCAGCAAAGUCCCCAUUAUAGUCAGCAGCCUACUGCCCCGUCACAGGCACCGCAGCAGCAAAUGCCUUAUCAGUAAUCACAACCUGAUUGCCAUGUUGUUUAUGAGAUUAUACAGUUGUUUUUGUCGUAAAUGAAGUAUCACAUGCUGUCGUAAUAACUUGAUCAUUAUAUUUUUACAUAUCAUUCGAAAUAAAAAAUACGGAACGAUUUACUGAUUAUAUUGAUGAGUUUUUUUUUACACACAAGUUGCUUGUGAAAGGGCUUGAUAUUUCGUUGUGCUUCCAUACUGUACAUUUUGUAUUUCAAAUAUUGUUCCAUUACCAAGCGAAUCAUGAUUUGAAAGGGCAAUUACAACAAUUUGCUUCGGAAUAUCAUGAAAUUCAAAUAGUUCUGUGUUUGAAAUGAAUGUUAUCAUAACAAUAAUAUUAGAACUGUUUUUUGCUUGCAAUAAUCUACAUUCUUUUCUUGAAUUCUGUGAAUUCAUCUGUUUUUCAAAUUGGACUGUUUUAAAUAUCAUCGUUUGUCUUUCAUAACGUCACGAACUCACGUCCCUAAUUUAAGAAAACUUGAAAACGCCAUUUAUUUUUAAAGAAAUCAAGUCAUGGAAAUAUUAUACAGGGUGUCCAAAACGUCUCGCCCGAUUAUAAAAUCAUUAUAAUCAAAUGUUAUUUUUUCUUUAUUUUAAAAAAGAUUUAUAGUAAACCUAUUUCUAAUUGGAUGUUAUAGAUGUUGAAUGUUGUAGUCCCCAUUUAUCAUACAACAAAAUUUAUUCAAAUUUGCAAUUGGUAAUGCUAUGAAACGGGCGGAACUUUUUGGACACCCUGUAUAGACAUACCGUACUUCUUGAUUAUAACAGAUAUCAGUUUGGAUGCCUUGAGCCUUUGCAUUUAUACUUUUGUUGCAAUUUCGUUUUGUAUGUGAAUAGCUUCUGACUUUUUUUUUUCUUUAUAAACUUAUUGCUAUAGCUCAACCAACAAAUGAGCUUCAUUAAAUUUCAUGCGAAUCAAUAUGAUGCUUCCAAUGAGUGAAACGAUUUUAGAAAAUUUUAAGGUGCUCCCAUAGUAUGUGAACCAAGACGCAGACACACAUGGUAUGUGUACCAGGUUGGGGUUAAGCCAUAAUUUUAUUCCAAUUUUCCUUAUUUUAGUUCUAUUACGAGUUUGGGGAUUACUAGCCAUGUGACUCGCAUAGUAUUUGUAUCUAAAAUCAUGACCUAAUUCUAACCUGGUCCACAUACUACGUUCUGAUGUCCACCAUCUUGGUUAACAUACUCGGGAGUGCCAAUUUUGAGUUAAAAUAAAAAUGUCAUCAAAUCGAGGGCUUCAACCAAAAAGCGCGAAACUUGCCAAAACUGUCUUAAAUGAGAAAAAUGUAUAUUUUGAUUUUUAAACUCCUGAAACUUUUUUUUAAAUACUUCGGCGAAU